GACCGUUGGAAGGAAUGCCUUGAUGCGUUGGACCGCUAUUUUCAGGGAAUUGUGGGAGACACCCUUUUAUCUGCUGCUAGCAUCACGUACUAUGGUCCAUUCACUGCAGACUACAGGAAGAAGCUGAUGGAGGAAUGGAAAACUUUCCUAACCGAAAAUCACAUCCCAAUGUCACCUGACUACUCCCUAAUCCCAGCAACAACAGAAAAAAAUGAGGUUCGCAUUUUGCAGAAUAAGGGGCUGCCAGCUGAUAAUUAUUCCACUGAGAAUGCCAUACUGGUGAAAAUGAGUGAGAACUGGCCAUUACUCAUUGACCCACAGGGACAAGCAAGAAGUUGGAUCACAAAGAUGGAAGGGCAGGACCUGCACAUUCUACUGGCAACAGACCCCAAUUAUACCAAAAUAAUGGAGAAUGCUAUUCGAAUGGGAUAUCCAGUCCUACUGCAUGAAUUAACAGAGCAGAUCGAUCCUGGUCUGAGGCCAAUCUUAGUCCGAGAGAUUUGUUUUCGAGAGGGGCAGGAGUACAUCAAGAUCGGGAACAAGGAAGUAGAAUAUAAUUCCAACUUCAGGUUGUGUAUGACCACACGGAUAUCCAACCCAAACUUCCUGCCUGCCCUCUGUAACCUGGUGACCCUGAUAAACUGCACAGUGACCUUUGAGGGUCUUCAGGAGCAGCUUCUGUCCCGGCUGGUGAAACGCCAGCAUCCACAAGUGGAAGAACAACUGGGACAACUGCUGCAGAGCAUUGCUAACGACCUGGUCACCCUGCGGGAUUUGGAAAAUAAGUCGCUGUCCUUGCUGCAGAAAACUGAGG